AAUGGGUCCUAUGCUUCCUCUCCUCUCUGCUUCUCUCUUCUCUUUGCUUCCACCAUUCAUAUUCAUAUACUAAGUAAUUAUUAUAUUUAACUUUUCUUUUUAUAAUUUCAUUACUACAAUCAAGUUUCUGUUUUAGUUCAAGUUUUCAAGCUCUCUUAAAACGAGAAAUGGCUGGAAUGUGCUGUGGCUUUGUUGGAGAAGGUGACUCUUCGGCGAAUUCACGUCCUUCUAGACGCCGGAAUUUGGACAUGCUACCUUUCAAAUACAUCGCUGACAUGACUGUUGCACCAUCCGGAACUUCACGGAAACGCCGUCAAGCGGAUCUCAGCGGUAAGAAAGAUUUUGAAAGCUGUGAGGGCUCAAACGGUGACCGUGGAAACGAGAAGAGUAAGAAGAACAAGAACGAAUCCUCCAAGGUUUCUGAAAAUAAACCUUCAACAGAAGGUAAUUUGGAAGAUGGAGAGUUCCCGAAGUUUGGAGUUACUUCGGUUUGUGGUAGAAGAAGAGACAUGGAAGAUUCUGUUUCCGUUCAAACUUCUUUCUACGAAGAACUGUUUCACUUUUUCGGUGUUUUCGACGGUCACGGCUGCUCUCAUGUUGCGACUAUGUGUAAGGAGAGACUCCAUGAGAUUCUGAAGGAACAGAUCAAUGAAUCGCAAGAGAAUUUCGAGUGGAACAGCACUAUGCAACAAGGCUUUGCUCGCAUGGAUGACGAAGUGCAGAGAUGGAAUAGCAGCAGCCAAACUGUUACUUGUAGGUGCGAGCUUCAAACUCCUCACUGCGACGCAGUUGGAUCUACUGCCGUGGUUGCUGUUGUCACUCCUGACAAAAUCAUUGUCUCUAACUGCGGCGAUUCUCGCGCUGUUCUCUGCCGUAACGGCGUCGCCAUCCCACUCUCCUUCGAUCACAAGCCGGAUCGACCAGACGAGUUGAUCAGAGUCGAAGCUGCAGGAGGGCGGGUGAUCUACUGGGAUGGACCAAGAGUGCUUGGUGUACUUGCCAUGUCUAGAGCAAUAGGCGACAAUUAUUUGAAGCCGUAUGUGAUAUCUGAACCUGAAGUAACUGUUACGGAGAGAAGAGUUGAAGACGAGUGUUUGAUACUGGCUAGUGAUGGACUAUGGGAUGUUGUUUCAAACGAAACCGCAUGUGGAGUUGUGAGGAUGUGUUUGAAGGCGCAUAUGAUGACUUCACCGGCUGAGUCUCCGGCUAACAACGAGGUGACUACUGAUGGUUCUGAUCAAGCAUGUUCUGAUGCGUCCAUUCUGUUGACUAAGUUGGCUUUGGCAAGGCACAGUUCGGAUAAUGUGAGUGUGGUGGUGAUUGAUUUGAGGAAAGAUCAACGACCAACAUCAAACUCCAACUAUAAUUUAAUUAAUUAAUUAAUUAAUUAAUUAAAUCUAUGGGCGGUGAGAAGCAAGAUAAUGAAACAAAAAUGUUUUUAAGGACUCGAGGAUGCGGAGAAAAUGGAAGGUAGGGGUAUGUGUCUUUUAAUUAAUCAACGGUUUCUUUCGUGUAAUGUAAUGCAAUGGUAAUUUAGGUAUGUUUAAGUACUUGUUGGAAAAUGAACAAUUUUAGUGUAGAGAAAAUGUGUGUCAACAAAGGACUCAAAUCGAGCCGGUUGACACACCUUUCUUUUGUUUAUAAUGGAAUCUAUUAAAUGCUUUGUUCUUAUGAA